CUGUUAUGCUGUCAAGUAGGAACGUCAGUAAUUCCUUGAGAAGUAGUAAAAGCAGACUCCAUUGUACUUAUGAAGAAAAUUGUUUAUUUUCAAGCAUGACGUUAACCCUCCCAGGAAUUGUGACACCUCAAUCUCCCUAAUAGUUAUUCAUAAGAGAUCAUAUUAUCUAUUCUAUCAACGAGGGGAAAUGAGAUCCCAUAACCCAACAAGUCGAGAAGUUGCAACGCUGGUACAUAGAGAUGGUGGUCGACAGGCAUAUGGUUGCUUGCAUAAGUGGUUGGGAGCAUCAAAAAUUAAAAAAGAAAAAGGAUUCCCUAAUGGCAUCGUUUAGGGCUUGUAAUAAUAAAGUUAAAGAAUCUACAAAAAGUGGAGCAGGUACAGAAGACAUAUAUAAACCAAAUUGGUUCGCUUACGAAAGAAUGGCCAGUUUCCUUCAAAAUAAGAAUGAGGCAAGGAAUACAAUAAAUUCAGAGAACCUCGCAUCACAGCUGUCGCAGGAUGAAACAACUCCGAACGAUCGUCCUGCGCAGAAAAAGAAGAAAGUGACUGAAGAGGUUGAACUAAAAAGAAAAGUAGAUGAGGCAUAUACUAUUAUGCAAAACAAUGCCCAAAAAAAUGCAAAAGGAAAAGAUUUUUGUGACAAAUAUGGGGAAUUGGUUGCUGAAAGAUUGAAACAGUUUGAUGAGAGAACUAGGGACAUUGCAAUAAAUCGAAUUGAUAAUCUUCUUUUUGAAAUGAAAAUGAAUUUGAAUAUGCCACUAAAUUAUCAGCCGUUCAUGACUACUAAUAAUCAAAAUGUAACUGUUUUAACUUCUGUGAACCCGCAAUGUAGUCCAUUAUCAUCGCCUUCUAAAGCAUCGUUUAGUAGUCGUCAAUCUUCUACCAACUUUGCCAUUGGACUUUCCCAACCACCAUCACCUUAUCAAAGUUCUGCGACGUUUCAAGAAACUCAACAAUGUCCCCCAUCUGAUGAGUCACAAUUUGAAAGUUUGAAGCAGUGUUAUACAAGUUUCAGAUAA